GUGCACGUGGGCACGCCGCCGCGUUCUUGUCGAAGUUUUUCGACGGAAGUGACGCGCCGAUGACUAUGGCGGCUCUCAGUCCGGUUCCGGGUUCGCUGUGAAGUGAAGCGGGUUGAAGUGGACUUUCCCGGUGGGGAGAAGGGGGGGGGUUCGAAAAGAAAGAAAGAAGAAAGUUUUUUGCUGAUUUUGUAUAAGUGGCGGCAGCGUGAGAAGAGUCGAAACUGUUAGUUUUUGUUUUAUUAUUUUUUUAUUAAGGUUAUUAACGUUUUAAUAAGUGUGAUUUUAACAGUGCGGCCCGGCUUGUUUUUUUUUUUUCCUUCUUCCCUCCGGGUGCCGCUUUUGAACGGUACCGGUGGCUCCCUUGCUGGCUGGAGGAGCGACCUGAGGGGGGUGGCGGCGGUGGCGGCUCCACUCCCUGUCUCGAUAUUGCACUCUCCCCGGGCUUCUCGGUGUCCCUUUCCCCCCCUCCCUCCCCGACUUCUCGACAUGCUUAAAACCCGGCAAUGUCUCCUCGGGAUCCGCACUUUCCUCGGGGUCACGUCCCGCAUCUGGGGCUUCAUUCUCUAUGUACUCAGGAAGCACCUCCGCACGAUAAUCCAGUAUCAAACGGUGCGAUAUGACAUUUUGCCUCUGUCUCCUAUUUCUAGAAACAGACUCAAUGCAGUAAAACGAAAAAUUCUGGUUCUGGAUUUAGAUGAGACGUUAAUUCACUCUCAUCAUGAUGGGGUUCUGAGGCCCACAGUGCGGCCAGGCACACCACCUGACUUUAUAUUAAAGGUUGUAAUAGAUAAACAUCCUGUCAGGUUUUUUGUACAUAAAAGGCCUCACGUUGACUUCUUUCUGGAAGUGGUGAGCCAAUGGUAUGAACUGGUAGUUUUUACCGCCAGCAUGGAGAUCUAUGGUUCAGCUGUAGCUGACAAACUUGACAACAACAGAGGAAUUCUGAAGAGAAGAUAUUAUAGACAGCACUGUACGUUGGAAAUGGGUAGCUAUAUUAAAGACUUAUCGGUAGUACAUCAUGAUCUUUCAAGCAUUGUCAUUUUAGACAACUCUCCAGGAGCAUAUCGCAGCCAUCCAGAUAAUGCAAUACCAAUAAAAUCUUGGUUUAGUGAUCCCAGUGACACAGCACUUCUUAACCUGUUACCUAUGCUGGAUGCACUGAGAUUUACAGCAGAUGUCCGAUCAGUCCUCAGUCGGAAUUUACAUCAGCACCGGCUCUGGUAGUCACAUGAGCAAUCCAGGCAAAGAGACCACCACUUUCUCUCCAGUCCACCCUUUUGCUACUCCUGUGAAAAAAUCCUGGUGGCUUUUGAUUCCAUUUUCAUCUCUCUGGUUGGUUUGUUUGUUUCAAUGCCUGUCACAGAGCUUGUGACCUGUCUGGAGAAGACUUUGAGCCUCCUGCCUUAUACACCUAUCCUGUUAUGGAGCUGUGUUUUCUGGGACAAAAUCUUCCCCACCCUUUCAAAAAGACUGCACCAAGAAGAUUUGGUACUGUGCAAAUGCUUUCUUAUUCCCACCAUGGCUUUUUCUCCCCAACAUCCUAUAUAUCAUAUACAUUAUAUUGGACAAAGUACCCCAUAGGGGCACCCCUUUCAAUGCUUCCCUUUCCCUUAUUACAGCUCAGAUUUUUAUUGAAAAAGACACACAUUAACAAGGUUGCCACUUCUGUAGAUGUGAACUUGAAGGACAACCGCUUAAAGCCUCUAAACUACUUUGCACAAAAAAGACAGUAGGCUUUGGGGACAUUUUAUGGUGUUAUGAGUUCAGGAUAAGACUUAAUGCACAAUUAAAACACGAGGCCAGCAAGCCCUGCAGCAGACUGUGCAGAUGUCUGGAUUGGUUACGUUGCUAACAAAAAGGAAUAUUUUAAAUGGUAGCUGGUACAAGAGGAAAAGAAGGAAAAUACACAGGACCGUCAAAGGAACAGUGGAAUUGUAAUACUGCUUCUGUAUGGAAUUUGUAUCUUUUUCUGUUCCCCUCACAAACGGGCACGUCAGGAAACAAUUAAAAUGGCGUGGAAAAAUUAUAUUAAAAUAGACACAUUUUCUAAAGAUUGAAUAUUCCAUCCUUAAAAUUGCAUUCAGGUUUCUGUUUGCCCACAGGUAGUAAAUGCAUGCAGUUCUUUACACCAGGUGUGGGCAACUGCUUUUGUUUUUUUGUUUUUUUUUUCUUUUUAUUUUGUUGGGUUUUUUUGCCUUUUCUCCCCUAACUUCAUGAUUAUUAAUCAAAGCAAGGUAAAUCCAGUGAAGCUAAAUAAAACAAUGUUUGUAUGUGCAAACAGCCUAGGUCUCCUCCCUGCAGCACAUCAGAGCCCAGUUGCUUGUGAACAGUUUUGUGUCACAGGUAGUACUGCCAUGGUUUCAAUUUUCAUAGCUGUCUUUGUUAGUUUGGGCAUUAUUCCUGUUUUAGCAGGAUGGGAUGUCAACGAUUUGCAUGAUUUAAAGAUUGUAUUUUUUGUCUUUAGGUGCCCACUUUUUUUUUUUUUCUUUCAGACUAUCUCUUGACCAACAGCCUAACCAUUUUACAUUUUAUUUAUGUUGGCAGCAGUUAAACCAAAGACUGACCAUGAGCUUAGCAACUGUUUAAUAGGUUCAAGCAAUUUUACUAAAAUUGAUUUUACCUGGGUGGUAUUGUUAAUGAGACAAUUAAUUUAAAUACAGUAUGUUCACAUAUUGUGGAAUAUUUGUUACUGGAGCCACAUUGUCUUUUGAGGAUUUAGACCAGAGAGUGCAGGUAAAUCCAUUUACUGAAAUUCAGCUUUACAGCACACAAGAAAGUAUUAAGUUUAGCUGCUAAGAACAUUUAGCAGGGGAGACAUAGCCAUAAUUGUGUUGCCACUAAUGUCUCGCCUUACCUGAGAGAGCAUACCCAUCAGUCUUGAAGUUUGCGCCGAUUAUAAAAUUGUUUUUAAAAAUUAUUCAAAUGAGCUCAAAAAUUAGCAGUCUUGCACACAAAUCCCUUGAUACCGCAGGUUUGCAGAUGGUGCUAAAAUAGGCCUAUGCCAGUUGUCUUCUAUAGUGUGGCAGUGAGCAAAGUUGAAGGAUGCUACUUUGUCACUUUACAAUCCCUUAUAAAAAUUAUGGCAUCCAGUCUGCAGAUUUCAAGCCCGUUCCCUUCCUGCCUCUCCACAGAUCCCACCACCUUUAGAGGUAGCUUCUUUUCUUUUCUUUGUAUUUUUUUUAAGCCAGAAUGUUAGGUUAAGGAAAUGUUGCUACAGUGAAGACUUGCACUGCAACAUGCCCCAAUUUCACAAAGAGGACUGUUUACCAAUACCAGCUGGUUGUGCUUAUAUUAUCAGGACAGGUUUGUCUUGAGUUUCAUUAAAUAAUAAAAAAGAAAGAAAACUU